CCAUCUACAAGAUCUUCACUGUUCCCCAUAUCUAAUUUAUUAAUGUAACGAGAAGCCAAAGGAAAUAAAAUUUCUCUUCUGUUUUACCCGUUUCCUCCAUCAAUUUGCAGUGUCUUUUUUUUUUCCUUUUAAAUUCUUAGUACAUGGAGUGAUGAUCUUUAAGGUGGGGUUGGCUUUUACAUCGAUGGAAACCAUUUAGAUGAGGCAGAGGAAUCUGAAAUAGACCAUUUCUUGAUAGGGGAGUUUCCAUUUGAUAAUGGCGGUUGCUGAGAAUGCUGGGGCACAAAUGGGGCCAUCUGAUCCAAAUUUGGAAAACACCGUAGUGUCGUCUGACUCCAAUGCGGUAAACGAUCCUGUUAAAUCAAAAACCAGGACUGAUUCCGUGACUACUGCUAAGUGUACUAAGGAAGACAACUUUCAACAAGAAAAACCAGCAGCAGGCCUCAACAGCAAUGGCAAUAGCAACAAUCAGAUGCAAAAUGGGUUUAAUGAAAAGAAUCAGCAGCAGAUGGUGACAAAGACUGCUGGGCUUAAUGGGUUUAGCAAUGUGGAAAACGGAGGUCAUAGUGAAAAUUUCAAGAAUGAUAUGAGUGAUUUGGCUGAGAUUUUGUCUAAGCUUAAUCCUAUGGCUGAGGAAUUUGUACCUCCCUCCCUUGCCAAUCAUCAUCAUCGUAAUCCUAAUGAUAGCCAUCAUCAAAACCAAAAUCAAGGUAAUCGCUUUUUGGAAAAUGGGUUUGGAUAUAGUACUGACAAAUUUGUAGUGCAUUCUAAUUCUGGCAACGCCAGUGGACAUACUAAUAGAAGGAGGAAUAACUAUAGCCAAGGGAAGAGAAAUUUGAAUAAUAGAGCGAGCAUUGCACAGCGAAAGGAUGCAAUUAGGAAGACCGUUUAUGUAUCUGAUAUUGAUCUACAGGUUACUGAGGACCUUCUUGCGGGUCUCUUUCUGAGUUGUGGACCUGUUGUUGAUUGUCGUAUAUGUGGUGAUCCUAAUUCUAUCCUCCGCUUUGCUUUCGUCGAGUUUUAUAAAGAUGAGGAUGCGAGGGCUGCUUUGAAUUUGUCUGGAACCAUGCUUGGUUAUUACCCUGUAAGAGUGCUGCCUUCGAAGACUGCAAUUGCACCUGUUAACCCUACUUUCUUACCCAGGUCCGAGGACGAGAGGGAGAUGUGCACAAGGACCAUUUACUGUACAAACAUAGACAAGAAGGUAACUCAAGCUGAUGUUAAGCUCUUCUUUGAAUCAGUUUGUGGGGAGGUUCAACGCUUGAGGCUAUUGGGAGAUUAUCAUCAUUCAACUCGUAUUGCUUUUGUUGAGUUCACAAUGGCUGAAAGUGCGGUUGCAGCCCUCAACUGCAGUGGUGCAGUUUUGGGAUCUCUGCCCAUAAGGUUAAGCCCAUCAAAGACACCUGUUUUGCCUCGUGCUCUUCGCCCUGCAAUGCACUGAUUCACCCCUUGCUUGUUUCUUUCUGCUGGACUUAUCAAUUGCCAAUAUAUAUAUAUUUACACAUGCAUACAGCAGUACAUUCGAGGUACUUUGGGCGUUAAUGUUAUCUUGUCCCUGCAUCUUACUCAGUAUCUUUGUUACUUAUAGGGGGUUAAUUGCGGUUUGUUUCUUUUGCUUGUAGAGUUGGAAGGGAUCAUCAUUUUGUCCCUGCAUCUUAGUAUCUUUGUUCCUUACAGGGGGUUAAUUGUGGUUGGUUUCUUUAGCUUGUAGAGCUGGAUGUGAUUCUGAGGACACAUUGUUAAUUUAUGUUGCAUAUUGCAAUGCACUUUCUAGGGGUGAUUGCUCGGGCAUAUCUGUCUAACAACUGAUAAUUUUAAAUAGACUAUCUCUUACUGUUGAUUAUGAUUUGUUUUCUGCUGAUUCCUUGGUCGCAAUUUUAGAUGCCUUUAUUGUUAUGAAAUACUAGACUGUCCACCUGUGCAGUCUUUUGGUUUGAAUUUCUGAUAGAAGAGUUGGAACUUAGAAGUAAAAUCCAUGUGAAUUUUACCAAAAACUGAUUUUAUAAUCGCAUUGAAUCUUAAAUAAAACCCUUGUCUCUCUUAAGAUAGUCGAGUUGGCCUCUUAUUGAAAUAAGUAUAUACUUUUUUCUUUCAUAGAUAUUCUGAUUUUAAUGUUAAAUAUGGUAUACUAACAAGUAACACCAUAUUUCGAUUUUUCUCAAGGUAAGAAAUGAGUGAA